AUGACAAUUUCAAGAUUAGUUUUGGUAUUUUUCUACUAUAUUAUAGUUUUAGUAAAUAUCUCCGAACAACAACAAUUACCCAAUAGCACAACGAUUUCAACAUGUAAUUUCACGGCAUGUAACUCUCAACGGACACCAUGUUCAUCCAAUCGUAAUUGCGAAUGUUUUUCGUUGACGAGAAGUCCAAGUGUAGGAAUUUGUGCUUCAGCCGUUUUGUCUUGUACCGAUGUUGUCCGUUGCAAUACGGAUAAUCGAACAUGUCCUAUUGAAAAUACAGUCUGUGUCAACAGUACACGCUGUGGUCAACCAGUCUGUUACCCACUAGCUUUGGCAAAUAAACUCGUUUGUCCAAGUAAUACAACAGCUACAACAACGACAACAGUACGAACCACAACGACGACACGUGCAGGAGGCCUUACAAAUACAACUCGAUCAACAACAAGAGGCAUAGACUCAUUCGCUGGAGUGCAGCUCAAUUUGGCCACAUCUUUAUUAUCCAGUGCAUGGUCACCAUGCUAUACGGCAACCUAUGCAACGAAUAUGUCUGCAGCUAAUCUCCCAGGUAUAUUGGCGUUAUGCAAUGGAACGCGACUGUUAUUGGGUUGUCGUCCAGUUGGGAGUGCGGUAUUAACUGUAGCAGCAAUGGGGGAUCGAUCUGCUGUUCUACACGACUGUGGUUCAGCACAGAACUGUGCUUAUGUGACCAAUGGAGUCGGUUGGUACUAUUCAGAUUCAUGGUCUUGGGGUUUUGUCAAUGGUAAUGAUACAGUGAGCCGCACUAGUUGUGACACAGUCUCAAUAGACGCAGACUAUCGUCUAUGCUGGCACACAGCAGGUGGUGGUGGAUAUCGCUGUGGAGCGACUUUAUAUCUUAACGACGAUACAACUUGGGAGAAAGAGAUUCUGCAACGGUUAGUGGUAGCAGAUGUUGAUGGUGACGACAAACUCGAUAUUAUCGUUACAUACAUCGGUUUCAAUAAUAUUGCUAUAUCUUUUAAUGAUGGUGAUGGUAUAUUUUCAAAGUCGACAACUUAUACAACUGAUUGUUCUCCGAAUUUUGUGGCGAUAGGUGAUAUUAUUAAUGAUAAUGCAUUAGACAUUGUUGUCGCGAAUAUUCUUUAA